UAUUAAAUAUGGAGUCAUACUACAUAAACAGAGUAACUAUGCUUUACAGAAUUUUGUUUGUUAUGGCUUUUUGCAAGCUAUCAUGCACUAGUAAAGAAAAUUUCAAUGCAGAUUAUCAAUAUAUCGAUGCAAAUAAUAUUAUUGACAUUUUUAAGCGGCUUGGCGGCCACAGUUAUCACAAUCAGUUAGGCGAAUCUAACGAAGUCGAUAGUAAACAAAAUCUUGGAGAUACAAGUGCUGUCGGUGUUGUUAGUAGAUCAAGAUCACGUUCGAAUCAUCAUCCAUCUAACUGCGAGCCUAAUUUACAGAGUGGUGUGAUUAUCAAAGCUACUGAUUCUAUAAAGGCGGGUGCAGAAUAUAUUGACUCGAUAAAAGGUGUAACUUCGAACAGUGAAUGCAUUAAUCACUGUUGUCAGAAUAUCACUUGUGAUGUUGCUGUGUAUCAAGAUAAGAGUGAAAGAUUCUGCUAUUUAUUUAAAUGUGAUGGCAAGUGUGUUUUCAAAGAUCACGAGGGCUACUUUGUCAGCAACAUCAGACAUGUGAAGGAGCAGACAGAGGAAGAUCUCCACAACUUGAACACAGAGUCUGCUGCCCAGGGGGAGGAUAGUGCCAGACAGCAGGGGGCUGUCAGACCCCAGGGGCAGUACAGGGAAAGACCCCAGGGGCAGGACAGUGAAAGACCCCAGGGGCAGGACAGCGAAACACCCCAAGGAAAGGUGAAUGCAAGACCCCAGGGGCAGGACAGUGAAAGACCCCAGGGUCAGGAAAGACCCCAGGGGCAGGACAGUGAUAGACCCCAGGGGCAGGACAGUGAAAGACCCCAGGGUCAGGAAAGACCCCAGGGGCAGGAAAGACCCCAGGGUCAGGACAGUGAAAGACCCCAGGGAAAUGUGAAUGCCAGACCCCAGGGGGAGGACAGGGCCAGUGACAGCAACAGUGUGCUUGAGGCACAGCUCAAGUCAAAGACGGCAGAGCAGACGACCUUGGCCCCUGACCCCCUAUCACCUUCUGAACCCCUGGACCCUGUGAUAACACCUCACUCAGUUGGUCUGAAAGGGUUUUGUACCCAGAGUCUUCACUGUGAGGAUCCCAACGGUGCAUGCAUUGACCGGAACUGCCUGUGUAAAAAAGAUUACUACAACAAGGAUGGAAUUUGUAGAAAAGUCUGCCCCCCCUCCAACUUUGAAUGUUUUGAGCUGGGUACCCUGAGUCGUGGCCCUGAGUGUGUACCCAGAACACAGGUGUGUGACUCCUACAUGCAGUGUGCUGAUGGCUCUGAUGAGUUCAACUGUGAAGAUCUCACUGCUGGCCAGAGACUGACAAAACCAAAUGCUUUAGAUAAAUCUGCUAUGAAAAGUUCCCAGUCUAUUCAAGCAGAACCAGUUGCUGACCAAAGAGAAGAGAUCAAACCAGAGAAUCCAGUGACACUUUCACCCCCAGUGGUGGAGGUGAUGAGCACUGCCAGUGUGAGGACCACUGGGUCUGUGAGCCAGUCACCUCCCCCCACCACCACCACCAGCACCACCACACUCAGGCCUGCCCAUGAUGGACACAGGGCUAACGAGCAUGUCUUCAUGUCCAGCGAGAAAGUCAUCAUAGCCAGCGCCACCAGCAACGCCGAAGGUCCAAUCAUAGCCUUAUCAUUGGGGCUUGCCUUUACUGUCAUUCUCCUGGUUUUGGUUGGCUGUCGGCUCCGGAAUGUCAGGCACCGUUUGAGGAAAGGCAGGCCAUUGCAUCAGAACGAAGCUGAUUACUUGAUUAAUGGGAUGUAUUUAUAAUUGAGUGAUGGCUGUAUGUUGUUGAUGUAUGUGGUUAAGUUCCAAGGGAUAUAACUUGUAACUGUUGCACAACAUGAAGCAUUUGAACUUACCCAUGGAUAAUCUGCUAUUUAUAUUGUAAAAUUUGCAGAGUAAUAUAUUUUUACAAUCCUUGUAUAUGGUUUGUGCUUUAUUUAUUUUUUCCAAUAAGACCAACGUAUAUGUUUGUGAUUGUGUUCAUUAUAUACAUAUAAAAAUGAACAAAAAAAAUUCUACAAUAAUUGUUACAAUGGAAUUAUUGUUUUUUUUCUAAUUUUAUACUGGUUCAUUUCUACCAUUUUUUUAAAGGAAUACUUUUGUCCUUGAUAUUUAUUUUUAAAUCAAAAUUUUUAUUUCUUUUAUUGGAUAUGUAAUUUCCACUAAAAGAUGUGCAAUAAAAUUGUGUAGAAGUAUUUUGACUUAGAUGUCAAUAUUUUUUAAACUUUUAUAAAUAGGACCAAAGGUUUAGAAGUAGGUUUACAUUUUGUGAACUUCUUGAAGGGAAGGACCUCAUGUUCUAGCACUCAUGGCCAGCAGUUUGUGUGAUGGCCAGCAGUUUGUGUGAUGGUCUUCUGCGUAUUGUUUGAUGGUCUUCUGCGUAUUGUUUGAUGGUCUGUAGUUUGUGUGAUGGCCUUCUGUGUAUUGUUUGAUGGUCUUCUGUGUAUUGUUUGAUGGUCUGUAGUUUGUGUGAUGGCCUUCUGCGUAUUGUUUGACUUCUAGUAGUUUGUGUGAUGGCCUUCUGCGUAUUGUUUGAUGGCCAGUAGUUUGUGUGAUGGCCUUCUGUGUAUUGUUUGACUUCUAGUAGUUUGUGUGAUGGCCUUCUGCGUAUUGUUUGAUGGCCAGUAGUUUGUGUGAUGGCCUUCUGUGUAUUGUUUGAUGGCCAGCAGUUUGUGUGA